UUGGUUUGUCUCAUCCCCUUUUCUAUCACUUUUAUUUUAGGACAGGUUAGUCAGUUCCCUGGGAUAUUUCGCCUCCGCGUCUUUGCUGAUGACUACUCUUCACCAGACUCAUCUAUUGAUCUCACAGUUAGACGUGCUGAAGCUUUGCAAACGCCCUCCUAUUUAUCUUCAGCCUCCCACUCUCAUCAGCAGCAACCACAAGCUGAUGCCGGAUUCAGCUAUCUGUCACAUCAGGAUAACGUCAAAAAAUCCAGAAAUUCUAAUAGCUGGGCAGAAAAAUCAGUCCAGGGUCAGACCUCAGCCAAAGAUGAGGAUUCCACUCUGGAAGUGGAAGAUGACUUCUUCGGAAGUCAGAUAAUCGGUUCAGCCGUUGGGAACAAUGAACCCCGCGUCGCCAAUCCAAUGCAGACCGAGCAGUCUAGAUGGCGGCGAGCCCCUAGAAACUUUAUGAAGUUCGGAGAUUUCUCAGGGCCCCGGGAUGAUGCAGAGCCACUGGUCGACUACGAGAUUGGCGUUUUUGAGGAGAAAAAGUUUCAGGUGACUAUAUUUCACAUUAGUCCCCUCAUUAUUCUCAAAUUGUUGUCAAACCAAGCAUAUUUGAUUCGUGCUCUGAUGCCGGUCACACUGCAGACGAAAGCAUAG